CGUGCCAUUCGGCAACUAUGGAACGAGAAAACCAUCCGCAACAUGAUGAUCAGCCAGAGUUGCGUGGAAAAGAUAAUAGUUUUAUUAGUCAAAUUCGCUCGCAAUGAAUCCAAGGCUGCUGAAAGUCCACCCGAAGAUGAACCUCUGGGGGAUGAAACGGAAAAGGUGGUCAUCAAGCGGAUGCACGCUCCAGACCGAACAAUAACGAAGGAAAAAUUUAAAAACAUUGUUCGCCACAUGGAAAACAGUCAUCACUGCGAUAUUGUCGGCUUCCAGCUGAUCAAAAGCUACCGAUGGAAGGAUACGCAGGAUUUUAAAAUGCCAAAAUCAAAGGAAACGGUAGAGUUGUUUAUCGGUAUUUUGAAAUGUUUGCAAAUGAUAACGACCACGGUGAAUCCCCGCAUCGCCGAAGAUAUCUACGGCGACAAUGGUUGUGGCGUUAAAUGUCUAGUAUUUCUCUGCUCCGAAACUAGCCAAUUCCGGGCACUGGCUCUUAGGGUUGUGUUUAAUAUGGCCUCCAAUCCAGAUGCUAUUGACAAGCUGACUGCCUGCGAUGUGAUUACGAUGGCGUCUGAUUUGAUUAUGUAUGCUAAUUUAGAUGAUUCAGAGAAACGUUACUGCACCAGUGUGAUAUGUCUUCUCGCGAAGGAAGCUUGUAACCGAGGGCACAUAAGAAGGAGUGGAGCCCUGCAGGCAUUGAUGCAACUAGCUAAGCAGUGUCAGGAAAAGCGUGAGCUCGGAAUAAUUCUUUACGCGCUUUAUCAGUAUCGGUUCGAUAAUCUCAGCUUCGAUAUUCUUUUGAGCAAUGGACUUGUGAGCUUUCUGGUAAAAGUAUUGAAGGAUAUUAUCGCAGAGAAACAAGUCAAUCACAUAAAACAUGAUGAUGAGGAAACAUUAAACACCAGUAUCUAUUCCAAACGUCGAUCCAGCAGUCAGAAGGCCAAAUUGAAACGAAGUGACGAACUUUUCAACUACAAGAGUUCCAGUUUCUACCGGCAAGCUAAGAUGGCUAAGCUGGACCCGUACUGUUCGGCUCCCGAGUCUCCGGAGAGUGGUAGCAGCGGUUACGCAAGCAAUAUUAACAGGAAUCCUUCCAGCUCAGGUUCCAGUCCAGCGCGGAUCGAUGAUAAUGAAGAUGAUUUUGAUGACGAUGACAUCUAUUCUCCGGUUUGCAGUGACAACGAAGAUGAUCCGGAAACUAAUGUUGGGAAAACGGAUGCCCGAGCUCCCUCAGCAAUGGCAGUGGAUGAAGAGAGCACUGAGGAUGCUAGGCCGACUGAAUUCGACAUACUUGCAUUUUUGUACGAUGAUAAUUCCAGCACCUAUUUGACGAACGAAGUACCGGCUGUAGAUUUGGAGCGUGAGCAGGAUGAACCUAUGGUGCAGGAUGAAAAGCAGCGUCAAAAUCAGUGCAGUUUUGAUGACACCAUCGACGAUAAUGAGAUCCAUGAUAUUGAGCUAGAGAUCGUUUCUUCCCAGGCGUUUGAGAAAAAUGCGAUGCAACCGAUACUGACGCUACUAUGGUCGAUUUCAAAAUCGCACCGGGGAUUGGAGUUCGUGCAUCCGGAGACUUUGACUACCCUGCUGAAGAUCUGUAAAUUGACGAAGAAACCGCGCGGGCGGGCGUUUCAAAUUAUUGCAAACAUUAUCAAGCACGUUGAUCACUUUCUGCCGUUGUUGAAACAGGACUUUGUCUUCACACUGCACGAAUUUAAAGUUCCUUACAGCACACAUUCUCGUUGCUGGAGCUGUGACGAGAUGAAAUCCGCUUGCAACGAGUUGAUGUCUCUAUUUGGCAACAUCGGCGAAACCGGGUACGGGCAAGGUGAAAUCGCUCACAUUCUCAGGACAGGGGAGCGAACACUGCAACUGCAGGUUUCGAUUAUUGUGACGUUUGUUGUACGGGAUACAAAGCUGCUCCACAAAUUACUGUACGAUAUGAAGAUCCUGAACACGGUGAUGAAUAUUAUUCUCAACGAGAAUGAAGACGCAGAAGAAGAACGGUACGAUCAACGGUUGAGUGUAGCAGCAUGCUCGGGGAUCACGACGCUGGCACAAAAUCUCAAUAUAUGUGGUGAGGAAGAGGACACUGGUACACCAAGCGAAAAAUUGGAGGCCAAGGAGUUCGACAAUACGCUAACGAUUUGUGAUGAAAGUAGUGCCGAAGAGAAGGUUACAUUCAAGGUACGAAAUGCGAACGGGAUUUCCGAUCAGGUGCUGGUGAGUAAAAGCUUGCUGGUUCAAGGUAGCGACGUAUUCCAGCGAAUGUUCGAUGGCGAUCAUUUUAUUGAGUCGAAAAAGAACGAAGUUCAGCUGCAGGAGAACAUAAGCGUGGAUGGGUUGAAAUAUUUCUUCUAUCUAAUAAGACUACAGACGCUGAACAAAUUGACUGGAAUGGCACCACCUCCAAAGCUUAUUGAGGCUAGCUUAGAUGCGCUGAGUUUGUCCCAAAAGUAUCUGCUGCCGGCAGUGGAGAAAUCUGUUCAGAACAUCAUAAAGACUCUUCUGAACGACGACUGUGUGCUAAAUGUGUUCGAGUGGUCCCUAAAAAACUACAACCACGAGCUGUUGGCAGCAUCUACUUACUACUUUCUUUAUUCGGACAUAAGCGGUGCAGCAAAAUGCAAACUAUUCCGUGCAGCUAACAAAUCCACUUAUCGGAGUGAGUGGCGUCGACUUCUCAAUGAAACGAUUCUAUUUCGUGUACAGCCCAAUUUGGAGUAAUCUUAAUAGCAACAUCAAAAUUGUUUCCUAUUAUAUUAAUAGAAACCGUUAUUCCGGCCCGAACGGAAUGCUCCCUCACUGAGAAAGUGUUAGCAUUCAAAUGUUUCAUCAAUAUGGGAAGAAUCGUUCGAAACGGAAAGGGACCUUCAAUAGACCUUUUUUUCAACAGCGAUUGACACUCCCUCAGCGAACGAAGCAUUCUGUUUGGGACUUUAGUCAUACAUGUUUUUUUCUGUAUUAAAUAUUUAUUCCCUUUACAAGCCCGUCGAAGGCCAAUAAUCUACCUAAUCCUACAUUGUACAUUAUAUACAUUCCAACCAACAAUAGAAUAUUGUGGACUGUAAAUAUUCCUCA